GGCAACUCUGCCAGACUUAAAUGAUUCACAAAAACUAAUCGUUUUUUAUUUGCCGGCUGCGGGUUUAAAACUCAAUUACUUAGUUAAACAGCCAUGUCCAAUCCGGUGGAGGAGUGCAAGGAUGAGGACCUGCCGGCAAAUACGCUGGAGCACUUCACCGAACUGCAGCAGGUGCUGGAGAUGAUCGAAAACAUCAAAUCGAUAGCAGCUCGCACCUUUGAAAGAGAGUUCGAGCAGUACGCCCAGGUUUUGUCCAGAUACCAGGAGCAGCCGCAUCUGCUGGAUCCCCAUUUGGAGGAGUUGCUGGGCAAACUGCUGCAGAAGAUUCGCAGGCCAGAUUUGGACGAAGGAGAACGUCAUGGCGCCUUUAAGUAUCUCUAUAUCAUCUCCAAAGUACGCACAUAUAAGGUCCUGGUCAAGUUUAUGCCCCAUGAACUGAGCGAUCUGGAGUUUGUCCUGGAUCUGCUGAGCCAGCAGGAUCCCAAGGAGUUCGAGCAGUGGGAAACGCGCUAUAUACUGCUUCUGUGGAUGUCCAUUCUGGUCCUUAAUCCCUUUCACAUGUCCAGAUUGGAUGCCUAUGAAACUGCUCCUAAUGACACCACCAAUUGCAGUCGCAUCAACCAUGUCCAGUCCAAAAACACCAAGAUGGAACGCAUCUAUGAGCUAAUCCAGCUUUAUGUGUCCUGCAACGACACUUGCAGCAGCAUGGCUGCCUACUUGGCCGCUAAGUAUUUCAUUCGCAGCGACAUCAAGGAUCUGUAUCUGGCGCGAUUCCUGGACUGGAUCAUGGAGCAGCAUCAGGCGGAUACGGUGAAUGUCAAGUUCGGCCAACUGGCUGCAGUGGCUGCUAUUUUAAAACACGGCAAGCGCGAGGAUCUUCAGCACUAUGCGGACAAGCUCCUUCAGUGGAUCACCUCCUGCCAGUACAAGGAAGGCAACGACUUUCUCAAGUACAAGUACUAUGUGAAAAUCGUUCAGAGAAUCGGACUGGUUCAUUUGAAGCCUCGCAUUGCCAGCUGGCGGUACAAAAGGGGCACUCGUUCACUGGCCACCAAUCUCAGCCAGGCAGUUGGAGCCGGAGGCGAAUCAGUUGCUUUGGAGGUAUCGCCAGAAGAAGGUGAGGAGAUCAUUGUGCCCGAUGCUAUCGAAGAGGUGAUUGAGGAGCUGCUCCAAGCCCUCCGAAGCGGAGGAAAUGAUAUACGCUGGAGUGCAGCCAAAGGAUUGGGCAGAGUCACCAAUCGCCUUCCAAAGGAGCUGGCGGAUGAGGUCAUUGGCUCAGUGAUUGAUAUACUUAGCCCACUAGAGCCUCACGAGGCAUGGCACGGUGCAUGUUUGGCUUUGGCAGAACUGGCUAAAAGGGGACUGCUGCUGCCACAUCGAUUGGAGGAGCUGGUUCCUCUGCUUAUGCAAGCUCUAUUCUACGAUGAAAUGAAGGGCUACAUGUCGGUGGGUCAACACAUCCGCGACUCCGCCUGCUACAUGUGCUGGGCAUUUGCCAGGGCCUACAAUCCUGAUGACGUGAAACCCUUUGUGCAAAAAAUCUCAUCUGGAUUGUUGACCGUAGCCGUGUUUGAUCGUGAGGUCAACUGCAGGCGGGCUGCCUCCGCCGCUUUCCAGGAAAGUGUUGGCCGCUUGGGAAACUUCCCCUUCGGCAUCGAGAUCUCCACCACCACUGACUUUUACUCUGUAGGCAUUCGGCAGAACUCCUACCUUAACAUCAGCGAUUAUAUUGCCCAGUUUGAGGUAUACAGGGAACCUUUGAUUAGUCAUCUAGUGCAGCACAAGGUUAACCAUUGGGACUCUCCUAUAAGGGAGCUGACAGCCAAAGCCCUGCAUAAGCUUUCCCUAAAAGAGCCCGAAUACAUGGCCGCUGUGGUGUUGCCACAAUUGCUGGCCAAAACCGAUACCAUCGAUAUUAAUUGCCGACAUGGUUGCGUCUUGGCCAUGGGAGAGAUUACUCUGGCCCUUCGGAACUUAGGGAAAAAGAGCGAUCCACCCGUGACAUAUCUUUCCAAUCAAAGAAUUGUGGAGCUCAAUGAGCUUAUAAAGACGUUCCUGGACAAAAAUUGCUAUCGCGGAAUGAGCGGCGAACUGAUGAAGUCCUGCACGACCAACUUCAUUAAGAACUGCAGUCUGGCCAAGCUAGAGGCGACGACCGAGUGCUUGGCUUCCUGGCAAAAGGUCAUAGAUUCCUGUCUGAUCACUAAGUCUACCUCCAUUCGAGACUCUGCCGUGGAGGCCUUUGGUGAGCUCUGUACCACAUAUUACUGCCUGGAUACCAGACACGAGGAGAACGAAGCCAUUAUUAAAGCCUAUUUGUUGGGAGCCGAUAACGAUUUGGAGGAGCACAUAAGAAUGGGAUACAUUGCUGCCUUGGGAGUGCUCCCAUCCUUUAUGAUCCGUCCCCACCUGCCGGCUAUAAUGGACAGUCUGGUGAAGCAUUCGUUGACUCCUUUGCAAGCGGUUAUGGUGGGUGAAAUGGGUGAUCGCGAAAAUAUCCAGACAUACAGAUGGAGCGAGGCACGCACAGAAAGCGUGAGAGCCCUGACUAAAGUGGUAAAAACCGUGGGAUAUGGAGGAGGUUCCUACUCAUUUGCUGAGCCUACAAACUUUAUCAAGGUUUUCAAAUGUCUGCUAAAAGCUUUGGACGAGUACACCCUGGACAAUCGCGGGGACAUUGGAGCUUGGGUGCGGGAGGCGGCUAUGUUAUCGCUCUACGAAAUCGUGACUCAGUGUCCGCCUGAUCUCCUCACUUCAGGGCUCGUCCAGCAAGUUGUGGUGGGCUUUAUGCAGCAGGCUGUGGAAAAGAUAGAUCGUACUCGAGGAUUAGGCGGGCGUCUCUGCUGCCAACUGAUCCAUCAUCAGCCCAGGAUUCCACAUAUACGAGAGCAUUCUAAACUUUUGGAAAUAUUCCCCGCGGAUGCGGAUUCCGUGCUUUGGUUAUUUGCCGAUCACACAUUCCCAUUGUUCUGUCAGCUGCUCGCUUUGCCAGAUUACUCUAAAAGAGUGCUAUUGGGCCUAAGUGCCAGCAUAGGUCAACUAACUGAAUCUCUGAUCAAGUAUGCUUCGAACGCCCUUUUCCAAUUCUUGCGUUCCAAUCCCGAGACUGUGCCUCGUCUCUGCGCCGAGAUGGUUCAGCUCUUCGAGGAGCACCUGUGGAACGAGCGCGUAACCUAUCCCAUGCUCAGUUUUCUGGAUAUACUCAUUGGAUCGGGAACUGUGGAAUUGGUGCUUCAUGAUGAAGCGAAUCCUUUUGCUGAGGAUAUCUAUAAGCUGCUGAACCUGGAGGUUAAGGGGUACAAGAAGCUGUAUAAGACAGCCUCCAGCAUUGGUGCCUUCUGCCAGUUGCUCCAGGUUCCGCGUUUGUCCAGGCGCAUCCUUUCCAAGCUCUCAGUAUUCCUUGGACUGCAACAUGUCCAUGUUCGCAAAACCGCUGCUACAAAAUUAUACGAAGCGCUGGCUCUUCACGGCGAUGUCACUGAAGUGCCCGAGGAAAAUAUGGAUGAAAUCCUAACAUUGCUCUCGGAAACCGACUGGACCAUGCCGCUCGUGGAGGUGCGUCCUUUGAGGAACCAAUUAUGCCAGCUGCUGGACAUUAAGGCUCCAGUUAGCGGAGCAGCUGCAGCCGCCGCUUUGCAACAAGCAAAUGCUGAUAAAUAAGUUUUCAGCAUUAUAAGUUAAACUUUAAUAUGUUCAGUAUGUAUUUAACAUUUUCUGCAAAUUAUACUGACAACGCUUA